CAUCGAUAAUAACUCAUGUGCCGCAUGCACUUUUGCAUGUUAAACCAAUUGUUGAUACAAAUUUAAUUAGGCUUAGAAUUAAUUAUCUAAAUGGUGACCAACAGCCAGGAUGGCGAGACGCUGCCCGCAACAUCGUCGGUAACUGGGCUACCACAGAAGCGCUUCUAUCGCCAACGGGCGCACUCAAAUCCCAUAGCGGAUCACAGUUUUGAUUAUCCCGCCCGCCCAGAGGAUGUGAACUGGCGCUCACUGUACCCUAACAUUGGCGACGAGCAGCAAGUCGAAUUUGCUGACAUAGGCUGCGGUUACGGCGGCUUUCUAGUCACCCUGGGUGAAAUGUAUCCCGAUAAGUUGGCCAUUGGCAUGGAGAUACGAGUCAAAGUGUCCGACUAUGUAAUCGAUCGCAUUGCGGCGCUAAGGAUGAAAAAUGCCGAAACAACCGCAUACCAGAACAUUGCCUGCAUACGCACUAAUGCGAUGAAAUAUUUGCCAAACUAUUUCCAAAAGGGCCAACUCGAGAAGAUGUUCUUUUUGUAUCCCGAUCCGCAUUUCAAGCGCGCCAAACAUAAGUGGCGCAUCAUCAACCAGGCACUGCUCUCCGAAUACGCAUACGUUCUGCGGAGCGGGGGGCUGGUUUAUACGAUGACGGAUGUGGAGGAUCUUCACAAGUGGAUCGUCUCACACAUGACACAGCAUCCAUUGUAUGAACGACUCAGGGACGAGGAAGCUAAUGCCGAUCCUAUUACACCCAAGCUAUACCAGAGCAGUGAGGAGGGCGCCAAGGUGGUGCGCAAUAAGGGUGAUCAUUUCUUGGCUAUAUUCCGCCGCAUCUAGGCGCAGUUAUACAUAUUUAUUUGACAAAUAUAUAUUUAUAUAUAUUUUUUAACAUAAAUAAUUUAAGUGUGU